AUGGCCUACUUCUACGAACAUGUCCAAGGAGGACAUCUUCCUGAUGAGCAGCUAUACUACGGGCAUCAAAGCUUCAGCCAGAUGCCCAUGUCCUACCUUGAGUCUUCGUCGUCCUCGGACUCCUCCACACCGGUCGACCCGAGUUUUGCAUCCUACCCCCCUGAGCCGCAAUACCAGACGCCAUGGCCGGUGAACCAGACCCAUCAGAUUCAACAAUACAUGGAAGGUCCACGGACUGCCUUUUUUGUCCCUGAAUAUGCCCAGGUAUUCCACGACAUAGCCCGUCCGGCUCAAGAAUCAACCACACUACCUCCAGCUUCGCAGCGAAGACAUGGUUCCCCCUGCUCUCAACAGACGCUGUCCAGCAGCGACUCCAACAGCCCGCCGACGGAAAGCGAUGUUCUACCCGCAACCCCUCCAGACUGUUCUGCCACUUCCCCUUUCAUGCAACACAAGCAGUACACCGGCGACUGGGAGACCCAGCAGUAUCGGUCUCAUACGCUGCUUGGCCUUGGCAAACAGGGUACCGUUUUCGUCAAUCCCCACGAGGUCAAUAUUUCUCAAGCCAUAUUCGAAGAGGAGGCCAUGCCGGCCCCUUUCGAUCACAGCCGUACCUUCAGUUUCUGUUGUUCAGACUCUGAUGAGUCGAGCAUUCCCCAGCAGUCAGCUUUCUCGUCUCGUGAAAUGACACCGGAAGCUCUCGAAUCCAUCGUCAAGAAAGAGCUUCCCACGGCUGAGUCAUCUUACCAACAAAGCUACCCCGACCCUGAACUGAGUGAGCAAGACUCCCUUGAAUCGACAACCAAGAUCGAGCCCCUCAUCUCUUUCGACGACAAAAAGGACUCGGAUUACAGGCCUGAGCACCAUACACGAAAGCGCUCCCGUAAUACCCAUACCAGACAGGCAUAUAGCCCUGGCUCAACACAGGAAAGAAAGAGACCGAGGGUCAAUAGCGAUACCAGUGGUCUUCCCCCAAGUCGGCUCAACGCGCCUAUCCAUUCUACGCGGAACCCCAAAAUUGUCUGUACAGAGUGCAAGACUCCCUUUUCCGAUGAGAGCACCUACCAGAAGCACAUGAAGCAACACCACACCCGUCCCUUCGCAUGCAUUUUCAACUACGCCGGCUGCCCAUCCACAUUUGCCAGCAAGAAUGAAUGGAAACGUCACGUAAGCUCCCAGCACCUGGCACUCCAAUACUGGCUCUGUGUCCAAGAUGGCUGCUCAAAGACCACCAACCCUCCGAUUAACCGGCAUUCCUCCUCCUCUUCCUCCUGCUCCGUCUCGCCAACACCGCCCGCCUUGCCAAACGGCGCCAUAUUCAAUCGCAAAGACCUCUACACCCAACAUGUCCGCCGCAUGCACGUUCCCCCUCAUGUCAGGAAAGCCCAGAAGCUGAAGAAGCCCACUCCUGAAUGGGACGAUCACCUUAAGGACCUCCAAGCAGAAGCAGAACAGACACGCUGCGACCUACCUCAGUACAUGCGCUGUCCUGCCGGUGACUGUGGACAUGAGUUCAACGGCCCGCAAGCCUGGGACGAGCGUAUGGAGCACGUCGCGCGCCACCUCGAGCGCGCAGCUGACGGCAAGGAGCCCACGGUUCACUUCGGUGGCGAGACCGACCUAACGCUCACGCAGUGGGCGUCAAGUCCUGGUGUCUACGUCGUACGGCAGACCGAUACCCCCGGCAAUUGGGAGCUCAUAAACCCACUCAAAGGAGAGAUUGGGCCUUCCUCGGGCAAUGGAAAAGGGGGCAACAGCGGCGGUAAAGCAUUGUCUUCCCUCAAGGAGAUUGUUGUCGCCGCCUGCUCCGACGAAGACGCUGAGGGCGAGGAAGAGGAGUGA